AUGAAGUUCAUUUUCGCUACCCUCGCCUUGGCUGCCACUGCCCUCGCUGCCACCACCGGUGACAAGGGCGGCUCCACCACUGGCUCUACCUGCAAGUCUGACCAGCAGGUUGUCUGCAAGGACAACGGCAACGGUGGUAUCCUCACCCUCGGCAACAUUGCCCCCGGUGCCCUCGGUGUCGACUGCUCCGGUGGUGAUGUCUACUGCUGCAACAGCGACGAUGUUGAGUCUGGCCUCAUCAACCUCGAUGUUGACGCUCAGUGCUCCCUCAACCACCUCCUGUAA